UGGCCGUGUCGACCUGUGCGUGCGCGUGGCAAAGGUAUCACCUGACCGGAAGUGUGUGGAAAGGGUGAAGCUUGAGGAUAAGGCCCCGGAGUGGAGGAAGCUCAGGGAAGGAGGAGCCAUGGCUAUCUUGUUUGCAGUAGUUGCAAGAGGCACUACCAUCCUGGCAAAGAAUGCCUGGUGUGGAGGGAAUUUUUUGGAAGUGACUGAACAGAUACUAUCAAAAAUACCAUCAGAAAAUAAUAAACUGACUUAUUCUCAUGGAAAUUACUUAUUCCAUUAUAUUUGCCAAGAGAGAAUAAUAUACUUGUGUAUCACAGAUGACGAUUUUGAGCGAUCAAGAGCAUUUACUUUUCUAAAUGAAAUAAAGAAAAGAUUUCAAACUACAUAUGGAUCAAGGGCACAGACAGCAUUGCCUUAUGCAAUGAACAGUGAAUUCUCCAGUGUGUUGGCUGCACAAAUGAAACACUUGUCAGAAAACAAGAACUCUGAUCGUGUUCUGGAGACGCAAGCACAGGUUGAUGAGUUGAAAGGAAUCAUGGUCCGAAAUAUUGAUUUGGUAGCACAAAGAGGAGAAAAAUUGGAGUUGUUAAUCGACAAAACUGAAAAUUUAGUGGAUUCCUCGGUAACGUUUAAAACCACCAGUAGAAACCUGGCCAGAGCGAUGUGUAUGAAAAACCUCAAGUUGACCAUAAUUAUUGCCAUCGUAGUAAUUGUUGUCAUUUACAUCAUUGUAUCAGCAGCGUGUGGUGGUCUCUCAUGGCCGACGUGCAUCAAGAAAUGAGUAAGAGCUGGAAGGAAAGGUGGAGCAAUCUUGUUUUAACCACUGGUACGCAGAUGUCAUUGGAGAUCUACGUGAAAUUCAUCUUUUCUGCCUCCAAAUACCAUGCAUUGAAAGGCUGUAGUUUCUGCUUGCCUUAUAUUUGACAUUUUUUAUACUUUUCCUAUUAACUGAAGGAGUUACUGCAACUGAAAUAAAAAUCCAUAUUUUAUUGUGUUCAGUUGUUGAGAAAUAAUUGUUCUAAAAUUUUUAAAAUUAAUAUAGUGCAUUACUUUGACUUGAAUCAACCUGUUGAGCACUUUCUAAAAUGGUGCGCAGAAGACCAAUGAGAAGCGCGACAUCAGUUGUGAUUGCCUUUCUUUUCUCUGGUGCCGUCCCUCCCUACCCCAGUUAAAUGAGAAUGAUGCAACAUCCUGACUUGUCUGAGUGGAAACAAAUCAUACCAGUCCUUCCUCCAAAUCAUCCAAGGGAGUUGACGAUCUAUUCUUCUCAAACAAAUUGGGGAACUGUAAUGCUAACUAGCGCUCUUUCACAUUUUGGAAGGUGUUUGAAGUGUUGCAUAUCUCUAGAAUUGAGGCAUGGUGUUAAUCAAAAUGAUGUUUGAAUGGACACUGUAGUAAUGGGAAUCCUUACUGGACCAAUGUAAAAAUGUAAAUAUGUUUCUUAUGUCAGUCGUGUAGCCAGUAUUUAUAUAUGGUACAUCCCAGCAAAUAUACCAUAGCAACGUGGUACAAGUGAUUGGGUACCCAAAUGGUUACUAAUAAUGCUGCUGUAUGUAGAGCUUUUGUUUGCCAAAUCUGUACAUUUUUUUUAUGGUUCACAUUGAAUGUGUUGGUACAGCUUUGAUCUCUUUGCAGGCAGAAUAAGAGUUUCAGUUUAAAGGUUUUGGUUUUCUGUUAUAAAAACUGAACAGGCCUUUUUCGGGGGGGG